AGUUUAGGUUAAUGUAGAAUCAAGUCUGUACACACUUGAAGGGGGGAGAAAGGAAAAUAAUAAAGGAAAAAAUAAGUUAUAGUGCAGUGAACUGGUGGGUUGGACGAGUAAGGCGUGAGCUCCCAAUGUUGCGUCUCUCUAUAAAAUAAAAUGUGGAUGUUGACAAGAUACGCCUUUUGGGUUCCGUCUCGUACAUUCAAACGGGCAGCUACCCAACAGAUUCCGGCGGCGAGGCGUGUAGUGAGUAGUACAGUGAGUAGCUGGCAAAAGGAGAAAGUGGAAAAAAUGAAGUACGUUGUGGUAACAGGAGGGGUGGUGAGUGGUUUGGGGAAGGGCGUCACAGCAAGUAGCAUCGGUGUUGUUCUUAAAGCCUGCGGCCUUCGGGUUACCUCCAUCAAAAUUGAUCCUUAUUUGAACACCGAUGCUGGUACCAUGUCUCCUUUUGAGCAUGGGGAGGUUUUUGUGCUCGAUGAUGGUGGAGAGGUUGAUCUAGAUUUAGGAAAUUAUGAACGAUUUCUCGAUGUGACAUUGACCAAAGAUAACAAUAUCACAACUGGAAAGAUAUAUCAGUCUGUACUAGAGAAGGAAAGGAAAGGUGAUUACCUCGGAAAAACUGUUCAGGUGGUUCCACACAUCACUGAUGCUAUCAAGGAUUGGAUUGAGUCAGUAUCUCUUGUUCCUGUGGAUGGGGAGGAGGGACCUGCAGAUGUUUGUGUCAUUGAAUUGGGUGGGACUGUAGAGCUUAAUAUGUUUGCUGACAAUAUUUAUCUAUGUCUCAGUGUGGCAAGACAUGUUGAUUUACAGGAGUGGACCAGAAGAGCUGAGACAUCUGAUAACAUUACCAAAUCUGUGAGCAUUGCGAUGGUUGGGAAGUACGUUGGGCUAACAGAUUCAUAUUUGUCUGUAGUGAAGGCUCUUAUGCAUGCCUGUAUUGCAUGUUCAUUGAAGCCGUCAAUCGCCUGGAUUGCAGCAUCAGAUCUUGAAGAUGAUAGUGCUAAAUUGAAUCCAGAAGCUCAUGCAGCUGCAUGGAAGACUCUAAGGGGUGCAGCAUGCGUCUUGGUUCCUGGUGGAUUUGGUGAUCGGGGUGUCAAGGGAAUGAUGUUGGCUGCAAGGUAUGCCAGGGAGAACAGCGUACCAUAUCUGGGGAUCUGUUUAGGGAUGCAGAUCUCUGUUAUUGAGUUUGCUAGAUCUGUUUUACAUUUGGAGAAGGCCAACAGUGAAGAGUUUGAUCCCCAGACACCUGAGCGUGUUGUAAUUUUCAUGCCAGAGGGAUCAAAAACACAUAUGGGAAGUACAAUGAGGCUUGGUUCUCGAAGAACGUUGUUCCAGACUCCUGAUUGUAUCACUGCAAAGCUGUAUAACAAUUCAGAAUAUGUGGACGAACGACAUCGCCAUAGAUAUGAGGUCAAUCCUGAGAUUGUUGGCUCUUUGGAAGAAGCCGGCUUGAAAUUUGUAGGAAGGGAUGAAAGUGGGAAACGGAUGGAGAUUUUGGAACUUCCAGAUCAUCCAUUUUACAUUGGGGUGCAAUUUCAUCCUGAAUUUAAGUCAAGGCCUGGGAGGCCGUCUGCUCCUUUUCUAGGUCUGGUCUUGGCAGCAACAGGAAAGUUAGAAGCUUAUGUUAAGAGGCAGCAGAAUGGAAGUGUGUAUGCAAUACAUCAGCAGUAGCGGUCAUAUUGGUUUUUGUAACGAGGUGCAUGUCUUAAAGAAUAUUAACGUUUAGUUGCCCACGUACAAUCGAAUCCAUGCAGACCAAGCGAAAGAUAGGGUAUGAUGGAGCAAAAAGAUCUACCUACGCGAUACCAAUUAGUUGGGCAUAUGUUUUAGUCAUGUAAGUUUAUUUAGUUUAGUCCUAUGCUUUUUAGGAGUUUUAACCGUCUGAGAUUUUUAUGCCUACAGAAAAUAUGGAGAACUUUUGGUAAUUUUUAUUUGUAUGAUGUUGGCCUGAGAUGACUUUAAAUGGAGAAACAUGCCAGUGAGGAUUCAUAACCCCAAGUUGCUUGGGAUUGAGACGUA